AAGGCGGCGGGUGUAGAACCCUCACCUUGUCUGGAGGUCGCGAGCCUAGCGUCCCGCAGAGGAGCGGCCGCUUCUGUCGGGCGGGGAGACCCUUCUCAACCCUUCUUCGGGCGGAGAGGAGGAGGUGAGAGCGGGCGCUCGCCCUGCCCUCCCCCCUCCCAAGACUGCAGCAGCCAAGCGUGGAGGGAAAGCAGAGCCUCCUUCGCGCGCUUCCCCUGCCUUGUGCCCACUUGCCAUCGUUCUCUAGCCGCGGCAAGGGUGCGGGACUCGGUCGCGCGGCGCCUUCCGUGCAGUCGGCUCCGCGGGGCCCCUGGAAGGAAACUGCGGGAUAGUCCGCGCACACUCCUUUCGGCGAUUCACGGCAGAAACUGGACUUUUAGGAUAGGUGCCCUGGGGAGCCCCGUUCUUUAGCCCCAGUUCAGCAGCUCAGAAAUGACAGCUCCAUCAAUGAAGGAAAGGAAGGCUUGCUGGGGAGCUCGGGAUGAGUACUGGAAGUGCUUAGAUGAUAAUAUGGAAGAGGCAUCGAAGUGUGAGAAACUUAGGUGCUCUUUUGAAAAUGUGUGUCCACAACAGUGGGUUAAAUAUUUUGAUAGAAGAAGAGAUUAUCUAAAAUAUAAAGCAAAGUUGGAAGCAGGAGAAUUUCAGCCUUCAGAGACAACCGAGAAGUCAUAGCUACUCAUCAGCUUUUAUAAAUACAGCCACAACAAAGGAGCAUGCAGAAGAAGAGCACUUGAGUGAUCCUGAAAAGUGCCAGUAUCAGUAAAGGACAGUGAUGGCCUAUAAAUAAUUUCAAAAGCUAUACUUGUUUAUCUGGCAUCGGUGUGAAGGCCCCACUUUGAAGUGCACUGUGAAGAGAAGAGGCUCCCAACCGCACCUCACUGAAAUUGCUACUACCAAUAAAGGACAAAUUGGUGCACUGUAUCUACUCAAAUGUUACAUUGUGAGUUCAUUACCAGUUUCUUCUUUCAAGUAGUUUCCUUUGUAUUAAUAGUAUGCUUACAUUCAUUUUGAUAGUCGAUCUUCACAAGUGAAUAAAUAAAAUUAGCCAAAUGCUAGUUAUUGUGCAGUCAUGCCAGUGUACAUAUUGAGUCUGUUGGCAUAUUAAUUUGAUAAAAUAGGAGCAUUGCCCCAGCAGCUCUGUGUGUGGUUGCAGGGAACCCACAAACUUGAGUUGCCACCCUGCUACAAAAUGGUUACUUGGAACCCACCUAAGAAGAAUAUAAAGAGAUAUUUUCAGCAACAUAAUCUACACCAAGAAACUUGUAUACUGAAAGAGUAUUUAUCAUCAAUGAAUAUUUCAAUACAGUCAUGAUUUAAGGCAUUUGUGUUCUUUUAAAAAAAUGAAGGCAUGCAAAAUACAAAACUUAUUCUUUUGUGUA